GAAGCCAGCCACUAGCAAUUCUUUGAUCUGAAUCCUCUGCACAACCUGUCCCCUGCUUAUCCAGUAAGGCAAAGCCAAGAACAUAGCUACAACUAACAGCAACAAAGCUGAAAGCUACACAGAUCAUCAAGGGAGAACUUAUUCUCCCUCCACUCACACUCCUCGCCUCACUUGUAGUCUUUCGGCUCUCGAUUCUCUCCCGUUUCGCCUUCAGGGCUCGUGGAUCUCUCGCGCACGAUGUUCACCGGAUGUGGCCUUUUCGCGUGCGUCCGCCGGUGCGAUGGCGGCGACGUCAGGAAGCGAGGGGAGACAGGUGCAAUGAGCUCGCGGGUGGCGGCCGAUCCGGCGGGCGUCGAUGAGGAGGGGAGCUGCAAGAACGGCGCCUCCGCGGCAGCGAGGCAGCUAGCGUGGGCGGAGGUGGAGUCCGUCACGGGGGGUUUCUCGUCCCGGGUAAUCGGACACGGCGGGUUCAGCACGGUGUACCUCGCGUCGCUGUCUUCCUCCCGCCUCGGCGCCGUCAAGGUCCACUGCAGCAGCGAGCGCCUGCACCGCGCCUUCCGUCAGGAGCUCGAGGUGCUCCUCUCCCUCCGCCACCCGCACAUCGUUCGCCUCCUCGGCUACUGCGACGAACGAGAUGAAGGUGUGCUGGUGUUCGAGUACGCGCCGAAUGGUGACCUCCACGAACGGCUACACGGCGGCGAGGUCGCGGGAGUGGCGGCGGUGCUGCCCUGGUCGCGGCGCGUGGCGAUUGCGUUCCAGGUGGCCAUGGCGCUGGAGUAUCUCCACGAGAGCCGUCACCCGGCUGUAAUCCACGGGGACAUCAAGGCAUCUAACGUCCUCCUCGACGCCAGCAUGGACGCCAAGCUCUGCGACUUCGGCUUCGCGCACGUCGGCUUCUCGGCGACGGUAGGGUGCAGGCCGUCGGCCCGCGCCGUCAUGGGCUCCCCUGGCUACGUCGACCCCCACCUCAUCCGCUCCGGCGUGGCCACGAAGAAGACCGACGUGUACAGCUUCGGAGUGCUGCUGCUCGAGCUCGUGACGGGGAAGGAGGCCGUGUGCCGCGAGACUGGGCGACGUCUCACCGCGGCGGUAGGUCCGACGCUCAGCGAGGGGAAGGUGUCCGACGUUGUCGACCGGAGGCUACGAGGCGAGUACGACGGCGCAGAGGCGGCUGUCAUGGCGGAGCUCGCCAUGCAGUGCAUCGGCGACAGCCCCGGGCUGAGGCCGUCCAUGGGCGACGUGGUGCGCGUGCUCCAGGAGAAGACCUCCGCGUUGGCUUCGGCCGUUGGAUCGAGAUUGGACCGCAAGAUGAUGUUUUAACUUUCUGGUGUAGAUUGUGAAUAGUACCAGUAUUUUAGGGUAGGUAGAAGAAUGUGUGUACUAUUGUGUAGUUUGAGAAGGUAGAUUAGUUUAAGUCCUUUGGAUCAGGAUAGAAAAUUUUGUGAUGACAUGGCAUCUUGUAGCACUAGUGUAUGCCUGCACGGGUUCAGUAAUCGAAUUCUUUGCUUGUAGAUCGCGUGUAUUAGGUAAGGAAUUGUUUGUUGUUCUUUUAUGCUUCUCUCAUGGGUCUAA